GUGGAUCCAGUAGUACCAGCCCUCCUGGAUCUAUUAAUCUAUAUUUUUAAAAUCGAUGGAUUUUUAGCAAAAUAAUUUGGCCAAUGUAGCCUUUGCAAAUCAAAUGAUAGCCUGAUUAAUGGUUUUGUUUAUUUUUUAUGAUUAUAAUGACGGACCAAGUUCUGAAAAGAAGGAAAAAAGUGCGUGCCCCCAAGCUAACACUUGUUGAAGAACUAACUAAAGGGCUACAAACUGAUCCUGCUGUGAUACGAUCCAAUUUUACAGUCAAGGAUGAGGAUGGAAAAGGAAGGGGAGUUUACUUAAAGCUACCUAUUUUGCGCAAGGAUUCCUUUGUUCUUGAAUAUGAAGGAGAUGUUAUAUCAGAGGCUGAGGCUCAAAGUAGGGAGAAAAUUUAUGCAUAUAACAAUGAAGGCUGCUUCAUUAUGUCCUUUGUUUUUAGGGGAAGAAAAUUAGCUGUGGAUGCUACAAGAAGGUAUGAUUCAAUUACAAGACUACUCAACCAUUCAAGACAACCAAAUAUCAAGUUCCAUGCUCCUUUAUUGUUAGAUCUUUCAGGCAAUGGCUUGCCUAGAAUAGCAGCUUAUGCACUGAGAGAUAUUCACAGGGGUGAGGAAAUAGUCUUUGAUUAUGGUGUCAGAGACAGGGAUAUACCUUGGUUAACCAGCAAACAGGCUGGCUAUGUCUCUGAUAUUGACACAAGUUCUGAUGAGGAGACAAAUGAAGGAUGCAUAUCAAUGCGGAUAUCUCCUCAUAAAAGAUCUGAUUAUGUUGACAAAGUCAUGAUAUAUAAAGAAAAUGAAGCAUCAGAAUCUAAACCCAUGACUUUUAAAGAAACUGAAGCAUCUACCUCUAGCAAUUCCAGCUCUACCAAAAGUGAAGAAUUGUCAAGGAAACAUUUAACUUUUAAGCAAAAAUCAAAGGCAGCUUUCUCAAAUAAAUCACUAGGAAAUUUCAGAGUAUGUUGUGGUUGGAGGUUUACCCGUCUAAUACCAGGGAGCAACAGCUUUUAUGCUGGACUAGAAAAUAUUGGACCAGAUAUGAAGAUUCACAAAAUGUAUGAAGAUUUCUCCAGACGUAAGAAAAAAACUGAAGAAGAAAUCAUUUGUUUGUCAGCCUCUGAUGAUAGUACGUCUUCAAAACAGAGAGAAACUUCUGAAAGUCCUUCAGUAUCUGAUGUUGUAGAUCAACCAAAUACUGUUUUAAGUAAUCUGUCAUCCAACAUUAACACUAAUAGUGAUAGUAAGGUGCUGGACUGGCUACCAUCUGUUAGAGAGAGUAGCAGUGGCUUGUCUCAGGAUAUGGAUAUUAAAAUUAUAUGUGUCCAAAGUCUUAUUGAUCCAGAGCCAAAGAACUUGAAUGUAAAGCAACCUUCCACUGAACAAAAGCAGCAACCUGAGCCAGUCUUAGUAAUAGAAGACUCGUCUGAAGAUGAAACAUUAACAGCUUUACAAAACCUCACAUGUCACAAAUCUACAAACCUAACAGGUUCCAGCCCAUCAUCUGUUAGCAAUCCUUUGCCAAACAUUUCUGAGCCAUCAAAUUCAAUGCCUUGUUUACAGCCUAAAGCUAUAACAGCUUUGAAUAAAAAAGUUGUGACUGAUGUUUAUGUCAUUUCUGAUGAUGAACUCCCACAUAGCAACCUACCGCCACGCAGACCUGCUGGGCAGUCACUGCCAACAGCUGUGAUCAAACCUUACGUUGCCCCAAAAAAUUUAGAUCCAGCACCCACUGAGUUGCCAGUCUCAGAGCCAGUCAAUGCUGUGUUGGACAGUCAUGAGGACGUCAUGGACAUGGCUCUCACAGAUGAUGAAAUGAUGCAUUUGAAAAGAAUAUUUGACUGUCACAUAUUUUCUGAACAGGUUUCUCAAGAUGCAGUAAAAGAAACAAUAGAUGCAAACUGGGAGUUUUUCAAAAAACUGAUAGAGAGAGGAAUAUCAAUCACUCAAAUUAGAUCAACAGUCAGGCAUUUUUUCAAGGCAAAGGAUCAUUGAUGUUUGAUUCAUGUAACAUCAUUCUAAUGGCAGCAAUUAGUAGCUAGUUAACUAAUUUCUAAAAAAUUAUAAUGAUCAAACUGCAUGAAAAACACAGAAAUGCAAUAACUGAUGGUCCAGUACUAUCCUUUUUUUUUCUUCUGUCGAUAUAUAUUUUGGUAGUAAAUGGUGUGUAUAGUUUCUAGUAACAAGUUAGAAAAACAUAGGAUAUUUUUCAAUUUACAGAACAAAGCAACCAACGAGUGAGCUGUGAAAAUCCUAAGUCUGUGUUUUUCAAGCAAUCUGAUUGUUCUUAUCUCAGUCGAUCUUCAUUUAAAAAUAAAGACGCACAGAAUUAAUGUACAUUGAAUAUUAUUACCCCCUCUCAUCAUUUUUUAAAUAUCAGCAUAUUGUUAGAAAAUCUGUUUAAUUACGUAUGCUUUAAUGGUUAAAACAGUUUAAAACUUUUUAAAGCAAUAGAACUAUGUUGUGGAGCCACAAUACAUUACAGUAAAAGGUUUUGGUACUUAAUUAACACAUCCUGGGUUAGUAAUACUUAAGGUCUUACUGAUUUCCUUACCAACUGGUGAUUUCAUCACACAUCGGUGCUGUUUUAAGGCAUUGAAAUGUUUUAAAUAGGUUGAUGUUUGACUUGAAUCUUGCAUUUUGUCCAAUGAUAAAAUCAUGUCAUGUGUGUAUUUUAGUACCUGAUGAUUUUAGUACUAUAGAAUGAAGGUAAAAUGAGUUUGGAAAUGUUUUCUGAUAAAGCAUUUUUGUUGUCAGUUUUUUUUUUAAAUUUUAGCAAGUUAUAUUUUGAUUUUAAAAUUCCUUUUUAUUGAAUUUAAACAAUCAUUUUUUUAACUAUUGCAGUUUAAAAAAAAUAUUAUUUUAUCGUCUGUUGAAAUUUUUAAGUUAAGUACUCUAGUUUCCUCUGUCAGUAGACAGUUAUUUAAAAAAAAUUAUUUUUAUUGAAUUGAUUGCAUUUAUCUGAGCUCAAAUCUCUACUGCGUUAUUUUAAAUAAGAUUUAUUUAAGCACUGUAGACAGUUUAAUGAACUGAGUCAGAGAAUGGCUUUAGCAGAAUGAGUUUUCAGAGACAUGGCUGGACAGAACAGCUGAACAUAUUUUUUUACUUUGUAGUCAUCAAACUACUGACAUUACUAUUUCAAAUCAAAAAGUGGUAUUCAUAUUUUUUUUUAUCUUGACCACUGCUGCCUUAUUUUUAAAAUAUUUUUUUAAGUUUGCAUAGAUUUUCAUGAAUGAUUUAAAUCCUGAUUUUGAUUAAGCUUGGGUUGGAGUAGAUUUGGCCAUGGCUGAGAAGAAUCUCCAGCUUGUUUUAGGUGCUAGGGUCAACUUGUUGUGUGGACCCUGUUUUACCAUGAAAUUUAUAAUCUGAAUUUUAAAAAAAACUUGUACUGUAUGUAUGUAUACUUUGUAAUCUUUAGAAAAAAUGUUCUCAUUGAUAGCAGCUAAUUAAAACCCAUAUAUUUUUAAUGUUGAUGAUUUUAUAUUAAAAUUCCUAAGAAAGGAAAUUUUUAGUAAUUUCAUUUUAUUUAUGCUUUUAAAUAACAAUUAAGCUGUAAAUAGAAACAUGUUUUUUAAAAAUAUUUUUAACUUGAAUGAUUUACACAAUGAUUUCAGAUAAAGGAAAUUUUGAGUUUGAAAAUAAUUUUUAUCUCCUAAUUAGUUGUACAUUUUGUAAACAUAAUCACUAAUAGCAAAUAAUGAAUAAAAAACAAUU